AGCAGAUCCCCUUUCCCCUGUCUCUUCCUCGUCAUAGUCACAGCAUGGAUCCUCAUUCCAAGUUAGGCUCGGUGUUUUAGACUUAGUUUGGUUUUGCCUUUGGAUAAACUGUUAGUGAAUCGAUUCCGUAACCGGUCUUCACACCAUGUUUACCACUACCGGCUCUCGGGGCCUCUAUAAAGCUCCUCUGUCCAAAGGCCUCCUGCUGGUGCUCAAUGGGCUGACUGUGAUGCUCACCCUGCUGCCACAGUACCAGGACCUGUUUGUGUACAGUCUGCAGGCUGUCACACAGCAGCACCAGUUGUGGAGGCUGUUGUGUGGGAGGCUGGUCUGUUUGGAUGUUAAGGACUCCUUUUGUAGUAGUUUGCUCAUCUACAACUUUCGUAUCUUCGAGAGGAGGUUUGGUACCAGAAAGUUUGCUUCUUACCUGUUGGGAACCUGGUGUCUCUCUGCAUUGAUGGACUAUUUGCUGGCCCAGGCUUUUCAGUUUCUUUUUGACUAUGAAGUGGAGGAACUGCCUGCAGGACUGCUUGCUCCUGUCUUCUCUCUUUUUGUGCCUUUCUACCUAUCAAUCCCCAGAAUGCCAGUCACCCAGAUCCUGGGUCAAAUCCACAUCACCAAUAAGUCCCUUGUCUAUAUUGUUGGUUUGCAGUUGCUGACUUCCAGCCCAUUCAUGUGGCUCCUCGCCCUCAGUGGGCUGAUCUCAGGUGGACUGUACCAUUCAAAUGUCCUUAGGCUGCAGAAGCUGCUCUUUGUGCCUGCCUGGGUCUCUCGUUUGGGACAUUAUAUUCUGGAGCCCAUUUUCUCAAGCUCCCAACCCAGCAAUGAAACACCAAUUGGGAUGGGGGCUACUCUGGACAUCCAGAGGCAGCAGAGAAUGGACCUUCUUGACCAACAACUACUGCUUGCCCAGUACAAUGAGGCCCGGAGAAAUGCCAGACACCAGCCGCAGGCUGGUUUAUUACAGUGGACCCGGUUGUUCCCGUCUUUGAGACAUAGAGGACAGAACCGACCCCCAGUGCAGCCCCGCCCCCAGACUCAGACGCACGCCUCCACACAGCCUCCGCUACUGGACAACUCCCCAGUUGCAGAGGAACAGGUUGCAAGGUUAGUGGAAAUGGGCUUUUCCAGGGUUGACGCUCUCGAAGCCCUGAGAGCUUCGAACAAUGACAUCAACAUGGCAACCAACUUUCUCUUACAACACUGAGAUUUCAGUGCAAAAAAACAGAGGUGGGUUAGGACAGAGACGAAUCAGGAAGAGAAGUGAAGCAAAGCAGCAAGUAAACAAAGAACGAUGGAGAAAAUGGCGGAAGACAAAUGAAACAUGUACAGAUAAUCCGAAGGCUGUGUCACUACUACCUGAGGCAGCGUUUAUCUGACCUGAUCUGAAAUGAGUCCGAUGACGCUCAGAUUAACGGAGAAGUGUGAAGCACAAAGUGUAAGACAUUUGCGUCAUAGCUCUGUGAAGGCUGUUAUAGUGUGAAACAGGUGUCAUAGCUCAGAGGUGGGGAGUAUGACUCAAAGGGAAUCCCUUUGAAAAAUAUACAGAAGCCAAACCUGUCAGAGCUUUUCUUACAGUACAUCCUAAAAGCAGUCUUUAGCCCAGAGGAGCCAAUAUAAAGUGGGCUUUUUGUCUUAACAAAACUGACGCUGAAGCACACAAAUCAGCUGAAACCCCACCUUCAAUCUACAUGGAUAACAACAUAUAACUAUGUGUGAAAUACAGUUUUUUUAUUUUCCACUUUGAUGUACUGCCACUUAACUUCCACAAAGACGAUGUAACACUAAAAUCCAGCGUCCUUACUCUUAUGACUGGUCGGAAACGUAAGAUGUAAGAGAAGAAGCUGCACAGUAAAAAAAAAACAAAAACCGAUCUGUGAGACAUCUUAAGUUGUCAGAUUCUCAUCUCACAUUUGCUAAACAGAUUUUUCUUUCAAGAUUUUUGGAUAUUCAUUCCUGGAAAGUAGUUUUUAAUCAUAAGUAAAAACAGGAACAUGGUUCUAAAUGCUAGAUAAGACAAAGAAAGGUGCAACUUACUACAACAGAGUGGUUCAGAGGUCAUAAUUACUGUUCUAGAAUUUGAAAAUAAUGAAUCAGUAAAGAAUGUGACCCACUUGACCAUGUUUUUAUCACAUAGUUAUUAUAUCAACAUGUUGGCAGUCUCUCCUGGAAGUAGCAGGGCUCACCCUUUUCCUGUAUAAGAUGUUUUAACAAAGUCGUUAGUCUGACUGAAAAUGACUGUAGGAGCCAAAUCCCGAAGAACAAACCAAUGUGGCUCGGUUAUAACACCCUCUCUCUCUCUCCUCUGUUGAUGACAGAGAAGGGGUUGUUUGACAGGAUAUGCAUUAGUCGGGCUUUCUCAGGGUUCGUGAGGUGACUUAUUUUUUUUAAUGACAUUUUACUUCAACCAUAAUUGCAGACAUGAUGCACAGUAGGCCUUGAAGGAGGUCACAUUUCACACACCAGCCCUCAACCAUCUGUCUUCAUUCAUGCUCUCACACACAUGCACAUACUCAAAGGUUUUAUUUAUUUUGUCUAAACAUUUAUGUUAGCACACCCGACUGAACCAUUAAAGUCUUAAAUGUCAGAUGAUAUUUAUUAUGCAAUAUCACGGCAAGAGGAUACUACUUUGUGUAUAUAAAUGUAAGAUGUGCAAGAAAAGUAAUAUUGCAGCCACUAUGUAUUGAUGUCAAAGACAGAUGCUAGUUUUAUAUUUUGUGCAUAAUAUUAUUGAUAAUAUAUGACCUAAGUUGAGUCUGUUCUUUGUGUGUAUGUAUUUUUAAGAGUGAUAUGUCAGUAUCCAAUGAGGAAGUAGUUGCAUGGACAACUUUCUGAUGAACUGUUAAGAAUCAUGUUUGAUCUGUGGAAUAAAUUGACUUGAUUAAAU